AUGUCCAGGAAAAAGACCUCCAAGAGCAAGGGGGGUAGCGCGCCCGCUACCUCCGCACUCGCGCCCGCUACCUCCGCACUGCCCGCCACCCUCGGGACUGCGCGCCCUGGCCCCGAGGCACCUCCCAACGGGCCCCCGCAGCCCGGCCGGUCUUCGCUUGGCGGCGGCAGCGACUUCUACGACGUCGCCUUCAAGGUCAUGCUGGUGGGAGACUCGGGCGUGGGGAAGACCUGCUUACUCGUGCGCUUUAAGGAUGGCGCUUUCCUGGCAGGGACCUUCAUCUCCACUGUGGGAAUCGACUUCAGGAACAAAGUUCUGGAUGUGGAUGGCAUGAAGGUGAAGCUGCAGAUCUGGGACACGGCUGGCCAGGAAAGGUUUCGCAGCGUCACCCAUGCCUACUACCGAGACGCUCAUGCACUGCUGCUGCUCUAUGAUGUCACCAACAAGGCCUCCUUCGACAGCAUCCAGGCCUGGCUGACAGAGAUCCAGGAGUACGCCCAGCAUGACGUGGUACUCAUGCUGCUGGGGAACAAGGUGGACUCUGCCCAGGAGCGUGUGGUGAAAAGGGAGGAUGGGGAGAAGCUGGCCAAGGAGUAUGGGCUGCCGUUCAUGGAGACCAGCGCCAAGAUGGGCCUCAAUGUGGACUUGGCUUUCAUGGCCAUAGCAAAAGAGUUGAAGCAGCGCUGCAUGAAAGCUCCCAGUGAGCCUCGCUUUCAGCUGCACGACUAUAUCAAGAGGGAGGGCCGGGGGGCCUCCUGCUGCAAACCCUGA